AUGGCCCGAGUCCUCAGCCCGUUACAGCCGCGGGCAGCAGCAGCAGCAUCAGCCACAAAAGAUCAAAACGUGCUUCCCGAGGACGACAUCAACAAUCUAUUAAACGCCACGCACCUCAUCUCCUCCCCCUAUCCCGAUCUCGCCAACCAACUCCGCCUCUCCGACCUUUCUACAGAACAUCAACUCUUCGCACACGCCCUCACGGCCCUCAAGCCCAUCCGAUCCGACUACGCCACCGCACCCUAUCUGGAAUCCUUCAAUUGGCCUGAAGUCUUCUCCCUCCUACGCACUCUCUGCGAGCAGGCAGGCCACCACUGGAGCGAGACCCAAUUCUACGUCGUCAUCUUCCGCUCCAAGCUUCAGUCCACCAUCGACCGCGACCGCCUGGGACUCCUCGACCAGAAGUCCCACGAGGAAGCAUGUGCCAGUGGAGGCUUGUUGAAGUAUUGGUUUGGAACGCCGGAUGAGGAAAGGAAGAAUUUGGCGACCUGUAAGUCUGAUCUCUCCGGCGCUCAGGUAUCAUCAGUAUCGCUGAUCAUUCUCUCCAGGUCUGUGGCGCAAUCAUGAAGAUGCGGUCCAGGGAGGGGGCGGGAAUUGGCAUAAACAAGCACGAGAGGCGGCAGCUGUGAUGUGAGUUGAAUUGCAAAUACGCAGUCCCAGAAUUUGGUCUAACAAGUUGCCCAGGUACGACUUCAUCAACUUCCACGCUCACACCCUGACCGUGAGUGAAGGCGCCGAAUCUUGGACGCUAGAGGAAUACAAAUAA